AUGCUCGCCCGCACGCUCGCUCGCCGUCGCCUCUUCCCCGCCGCCGUCCCCGCACGUGCCCUCUCCACCCCCGCACCGGGCCCCAACGACGCCAUCGUCCGGCUGCUGUCCCAGCACCUCGACGACGAGAACGCGAGCCCGUCCCGCAACCCCUACAAGGUCCGCUCCUUCCAGACCGCCAUCAACGCCGUCAGGCGCGCACAGCACCCCAUCCUCACCGGCCAGGAGGCAGCCAAGCUCAAGGGCAUCGGCCCGCGCAUCGCCCAGCGCAUCGAGUUCUUCCUGAACGGUAAAGACUAUGGCAAGUCCUCGCAUUCCAUCCUCGCAUCUCCCCUCACUCAAGACCCCACCGCACGCCACAGCGCCCGCACCGCCGCGGAGCUCGCCGACGCCGGCUGCACCUCCAUCGAAGACCUGCACCGGCGGGAGUACUACCUCGACAUACUCUCCAAAACCCAGCGCGCCAAGCUCGACCACGCCGACCACCUCCGCCAGGAGGUCACGAGAGAGGAGGCCGAGAACGUCGCCGACUUCAUCCGCCACCACAUCGCCUCCCAGUUCGAGCUCCACCUCAUGGGCGACUACCGCCGCGACCGCCCCACAGCCCCCAAGAUCGAGCUCCUCCUCCUCCACCCCUCCUACGUCCACGUCCCCGUCCCCCCCGCCCCGCCCGCCGUCCACUUCCCAAAAACAACGCGCGGAAACCGCCCGCAGCCCUUCCGCCCAAAACACCGCGCCGCCCCCGCCGGCACCGCCCCGCUCCUCGCGCACGUCGUCCGCCCGCUCCGCGACGCGGGCCUCCUCGCCACACCGCUCCACGCGUACCCAUCCAGGUGGCAGGGCAUCGCGCUGCUCCCCGCGCGCGCGUCGGCGGGCGCGGGCGGCGACCGCGAGGCGCGCCGCUGGGCGGAGGUCGGCGAGCGCCUGCGCGACAUCCGCGCGCGCCGCGGGAGCUACCGGCCCAUCGAGCUCAGCCUCGCGCCGGUCAAGUCGCGCGGCGCGGCGGUGCUCGCGCUCACCGGGGACGCGGAGUUUGUGGCCGCGCUGCGCAUCGCGGCGACGAAGCUGGGGAUGUACCUGAACGAGUACGGGCUGUGGCGGUGGCACCCGAACCGCCGCACGCAGGGCCCGCGCGACGGCGCCGGCGUGGACGUGGACGUCGAGUCGGAGCUCACGAGCGAGGAGGAGUCUACGAAGGAGGAGUCGGCGGAGGAGUCUGCGAAGGAGGAGGGGGAGAGCGGGUACUGGGAGCUGAUACAGGCGGAGAGCGAGGCGGCGAUCUUCGAGGAGCUGGGCAUGCCCUGGGUGCCGCCGGAAAAGCGCAACUUUGGGUUCCUCAAGGAGACGCGGCCGAGCGCGCGCAGGGGCCGACCGAGGAAGACGCCGCCGGCGCUGCUCUGAGCUCCUCGUCGUCGUCAUAUAUCACAGCACAGUAUAUUUUAGCUGCAGCGUCCGUGCUUAAUCGUACUAUCAUUGGAUGGGUGUUCGUUUCAGCCAC